GCAUUCUAAAUACAGUUUAUUUAAUACGCUCUCCAGUAUUCACUUUUAUUUUAAAAAGUGUGCAUUGUCACAUUUAUAGCAUUUUUUUCGUUUGUGUUUACAAGUUCAUUGAAAGUAAUAACAAAACCAUGAAGAAUUUAAAUCGUUCCUUGACUUUACUCUUAAUAAGUGCUGGAAUAUUAGUAGCCGCAUUGAGAUUCAUCGAACCUCUGGACGCUAUCAUACGAUCAAAAUAUGGUGUAACUUUCGGAGACUUUAAGCCAAAAUGCGACAGUAAGGGUCCUAAUUUAUAUAAUGAACUAGUUGCGCUGCAAACCCAGGAAGGAGAGAUUAGAUCUCAAUUAACGGGGGCUUUAAUUGCUAAGGACAGAUCAGUGGGACAUUUAUCAGAUAGUGAAUUUGAACAAUGGAUUCAAGAUAAUUGUAUAUCAAACGCGAAUUUGAUUACUAUCUCCCAAGUAGCAAUAGAUAAGGCUCAACUUUGUGUCGAUCCUAAUCAACGUUUACAGGGAGCAGAGAUAAAUAAAGCUAAAGAUGAUUUUCUCAAAGGAUUGUGUUGGGCAGUCUCAAUAUCGGCGAAGUGGGUUAUCAUGAACAAUUUGUGAUUCAAGAAAGGAGAUCUAACAUAAAGUUUUCUGGAACAUUUUAAAAAAUAAAACUAUUAACACAUA